UAAGCGACUCCGUGAAAAAACAUAUCCACAGCCUACUGUAAGCCUCCUCUGCGUUUAGUUUCACCACGGAUAUUUGGACAAGCAGUGUUAGCCUCGUGUCGCUAAUUAGCCUAACCUCCCAGUGGAUAGACGAGAGUUUGACGCCGCAACGAGCCAUAUUACAUGCGAAACAAUUCCGCGGCUCGCACACCAGCCAGGCUAUAGCGCAUGUGUUUGAGGAAAUGCUCCAGACAUGGGGUAUACCUAAAACAUCAGUACAUGUUGUGCUUCGUGACAAUGCCAAAAACAUGAUUAAAGCCAUGAAUGACGCAGGGCUCCCAAGUCUGCCGUGUGUCGCGCACACGCUCCAACUGGCUGUUCACGAGGGCUUAUUAGCACAGAGGAGCAUAGCUGAUGCUAUAGCAGUGGGGCGGAAAAUAGUUGGGCAUUUUAAACAUUCCGCCUUAGCCUACUCCCGCCUCGAGGACAUUCAGGGACAGCUCAACCAGCCAAUAAAGAGACUGCAGCAGGACGUACAGACGCGCUGGAACAGCACAUAUUACAUGCUCCAGACCCUCAUUGAGCAAAAGCGAGUGCUGGGGGUGUAUGUGUCCGAGCAUGAACUCCCGGACUAUCUCACCGCUCACCAAUGGGCUCUUAUGGAGAAGACUGUUGCCAUCCUCGCCCCCUUUGAGGAACUAACUAAAAAAGUGAGCAGCUACGACGCACUAGCCUCUGAUGUCAUCCCAGCUGUGACUGUGCUAGUGAGACAUCUAAACAGAGAAACAGACGAGGACCACGGCGUCAAGACAAUGAAAGCAACCUUACUGGCAGCUGUCAAGAAGCGCUUCAGUGACGUCGAGACCAACCCACUGUACUUCAUCUCCACCAUACUUGACCCAAGGUAUAAAGAUCGCUUCUUCUCCAACAACACUGCUCCGGAGGCCAAGCUGCACCUGAAGCAGGAGCUGCAGAUGAUGUCCAGAGCUGAGGCAGAGGGGAGUCGGGCAGAAGCUGCAGAACCUCCUGCUAAACUGUUCCUCAAGGCCCAGGCCAGCACUAGCAGCAGUCUGGACCCUGUAUUUGAAGAAAUCGCUAAGAAGCAGCCCCAGGCAGCACAGCCGCUGGCAGCAGGUGCUGCCAUUGAGCUCAACACAUACCUCGGAGAGGCCCCAAGCCCUCGUGAAGACAGUCCUCUGAAGUACUGGGGUGUCAACAAAAUCAGGUUCCCCACUUUGGCUAAAAUGGCCCAGAAAUACCUCUCAGCCCCAUGUUUUGAUGUGGAAGAAACUGCUGAAAGAUCCAUGGAGUUUAGUGGCCUAGAAGGGAUUAAUGGGGCAGUCACCCUAGAAAAGCUCUCCCUACACAUGAGAGGACAGCAAGAAACUAAAGUCACUUCAGUACACAAGCAAUUCGCCAUGCUGCUGUUUAGAUCUGGCAGUGCCAAGAUGAUGGUGUCUGUGCCCAAAAAGAAGCAGCCUUUGGUUUCAGUCUGUAACAGUCAGUGUGAAAUUUUGAUACCUGUAAAAGAUAUUGCUGAAGGCAUAUCAACAGUCACGCAAACGCUGGUGAAAAAUGUCUUCUUGAAAAAGACACAAUAUUGUUCAUUUCAGUAA